AAAUCUGAGCAUUGUUCUUGUUUUUUGGGGAUUGAUUUGUUCAGAUCCGAGUGCUAUAGUAGUUUCUAAGCAUGGGCAUGAAUGAUUAUAGAGUGCUAUAGUUGCUAUUUUGUGAUAUUUUGUUCAGAUCUGAGUGCUAUAUGUUGUAUGACUCAAUAUAUGUGUGCAUGAAUGUGGUAGACCCGAUUUGGUCAAACUUUGGCAUUGUAGAUGGACAGCAGAACACGGUUUCUGAUUUAUGCGGCUGCAUCAUAUAUGUUGUUGUCAAUGAUGGCUAUGGUUAUCGAGUCUAGAAAUAAGAAAAGGAAAAGGGUUGCAAGGAGAGAAGGAAUUACCUAUGGGCCAAUAGAUGAGAGAGAUAGGAAAAGAUUUGAUUAUCUCAAUGACAAGAUUUGGAAAAACGAUACCAUCUGUGUGAACAUGCUAAGGCUUAAAAGAGCACCUUUUUUCUGUUUUUGUAAACUUUUUAGGGAUCGUGGCAUGCUUGUGGAUACUAUACAUAUGCCUGUUGAAGAGCAAGUGGCUAUGUUUUUACAUACAAUUGGGCACAAUGAUAGAAAUAGGGUAGUUGCCACUAAUUUUUAUAGGUCCAGUGAAACUGUAAGCCGAUAUUUCAACCUAGUCCUUCAUGCUGUUGGUGAGCUGAGAAAGGAAUUAAUAAGGCCACCCUCAAUAACGACUCCUUCAAAAAUAUUAGGGAACCCAAGGUGGGAUCCUUAUUUUAAGGAUUGUAUUGGAGCUAUUGAUGGCACACAUGUACGAGUCUCUGUUACCAAAGAUAUGGAGCCUUCCUUUCGUGGUAGGAAGGAUCAUGCUACUCAAAAUGUAAUGGCAGCUAUAGAUUUUGACCUUAAGUUCACGUAUGUGUUGGCUGGUUGGGAGGGGACAGCACAAGAUGCUGUAGUUUUACGUGAUGCUAUAGAGCGUACAGAUGGCCUUCGUGUCCCACAAGGAAAAUUCUACCUAGUUGAUGCGGGAUAUGGAGCAAAACCUAGAUUUUUACCCCCUUUUCGUGGUGUGAGGUAUCACUUGAAUGAGUGGGGGACUAAUCCUGUACAGAAUGAGAAGGAGCUAUUUAAUUUGAGGCACUCAUCUCUUCGGGUGACCGUUGAGCGUGCAUUUGGGUCUCUCAAGAGGAGGUGGAAAAUUUUAGAUGAUGCUACUCCAUUUUUUCUCUAUCCAACUCAAGUGGAUAUUGUGGUAGCUUGUUGUAUUAUUCAGAAUUGGAUUAUAGAAGAUGGUGGUGAUGAUUUUAUCAUAUCAGAGGAAGAAUGGAUAGCCAACUACAAUUAUGCAACAUCAAGAAGUGGGCAAGCUAGUGAGCAUGCAUAUAUGGUUCAGUUCAGGCAGGAUACCGCAGACCAAAUAUGGGAAGAUCGUCAAGCUCACCAUGGAAAUUGAACAUUUUAGAUUUGUAGUCUAUGUAUUUGUAUGGAACUCUAGGACUUAUGUACUCCUUUUUAAGACUUAUGUAUUUGCUUACAUGUAUUUGCUUGCUGAAAUUUAUUGUUUGCUGAAA